CAGAGAUUCGGACGUCUCUUCUGUCCAUCAGGGAAGCAAGAAUCGAGGUGGCCACAAUGGGGGCCGGGAUGCCCUUCUUCCUCUUCCUGACUUUCCUGGGCACCUCACAGGCAACAGGGCCAGGAAUGACUUUGCAGCUGAAACUAAAGGACUCCUUUCUAGCAAAUUUCUCCUACAAUUCCAGCUUCCUGGAAUUGCUUGAGAAGCUCUGCCUCCUCCUCCACCUCUCGUCAGGGACCAACAUCACCCUACAUCAUGCAGGAUCCCCACACCAUGUCACCUGCAGUGUCUGA